AUGACUCUUGCGGCUUGCAUGCAAGAAGCUGACCAGCUUCAACACUGGAGAGAGAAAUGUUGGCGACCAUUCUUUAGAGUUGACGAAGAGAUUUUGAACAUCCAUAAUGAGCAGCUUGGGAUUAAUGAAGAUCAUCUCCAUGGAGCUCAAAGUAUACAUGUUGCAUCAAACAUUCGAGCAAGAAAAGUCUUCGAGUUCCCUUAUCUUCAGACGUCCAUGAAGCCAGAAGAUGCUGGUGUGGAUGCUAUUCUCUCAAAGUUCAAUAUCAUGAUCUAUAGCUACAAAGAUGCUGCAUACCCCUUUAGGAUGGUACCUCCCAUUGUUUACGCUCACCUCGCCAUUCUCCGAGUAAACGCCGGAGACCUCACUAGCAGUGAUACAUGGCGUUUAUAUAUGUAG